CAGCCCCGGCCCCGGCCCUGCGCACAGCGGCGGACUCACCGGGCAGCGCGCACGGGGAGCCAUGGCGCGGUCCCGCGGCGAUGUCCUCUUCUUCCUCCUCCUCCUCUUCCUCUGCAGCUCCGCGGCGGCCGGACCUACGUUCCUUGUGGCAGCUCCUUGGAACAUCAGGCCUGGAGCAAACUUGACUGUUGGGGUAGCUCUGCUGCCGGAUAGCCCAGCACGGGUCACCGUAAAGGGAGAGGUGAUCAGAGAUAACGAGACCAUCUUGAGCAGGGAAGUGGUCUUUGAGAAAGGUACCUUUGGGACUCUUGUUCUUCCAGUACUGCCUCUGAACAGUGUUUCUGGGAAUUACGAAUUACUGGUGGAGGGCCGUGCUGAUGGCCGGCACGUCUUCUCUAACCGUACCAGCCUGAUGUUCAUGGCAAAGAGCACCUCCGUGUUCAUCCAGACUGAUAAAUCCAUGUAUAAACCAGGACAAGAUGUGCUCUUCCGGAUUGUCACUGUCUAUCCUGAUCUCAAACCUUACCAAGUGUAUCUGAAUAUAUAUAUCCGAGAUCCUCGGAAGAAAUUGAUUCAGCAGUGGUUGAUGGAGGAGGGUGAUUUGGGUGUAGUUUCCAAAAAAUUUCAGUUAUCAAUGAACCCUCCACUAGGAGACUGGUCCAUAGAAGUGGAAGUGAACGGUCAAGUUCAUUAUCAAAGAUUUAAAGUGAUGGAAUAUGUUUUACCAAAAUUUGAUGUCAUGAUAACAACUCCCUUAUACUACUCUUUGAGAGAUGAAGAUGUAACUGGUGUUGUCUCUGCAAAGUACACAUAUGGAAAGCCAGUAAAGGGAACUGUAACAAUCACUUGCCUUUCUGUUUCUUACUGGACAAACAAGAGAAAUAUAACAACAACAAUGGAGAUAAAUGGGUCUGUGAAUGUAACCUGUAACAAGCUGAUGUUGCAGAACUUGCAUGCCGAGCAGUUGUGGCACCAAGCUGACAGCGAUUUCACGGAGCCGAUAGAAAUGAUCGCGGUGGUGACUGAGUCACUCACAGGAAUCUCCCAAAAUUCAAGUACCAUCAUAUUUCCAAAGCAAAGUGACUAUUUUAUUGAAUUUCUGGACUACACUAGAGUUAUAAAGCCUUCUCUGAACUUCAUAGCUACUCUAAAGGUGUCGCGUUCUGAUAGCAACCAGCUGACAGCUGAAGAGAGGCAGAAUCUUGUAACAAUCACUGCACAAGAGUCAGACCUGCUUUUCCAUCACUCUUCACUUUCUCACCUGGAAAAUGAGGCAACAGAGGAGAGAAAUCUGACAGUCCAUAUCCUGAACUACACAGUUCCAGCAAAUGGAGUAAUUGAUGUUGAAUUUCCAAUCCUGUCUGAUACCAAAACUCUGAGAGUUCAGGCAGAGUUCCUCAGCAGUAAGACGGACAUAGGUGUUUAUGAUGUGUUCAGCUCCCCCAGUCAGACUUACCUCCAGGUUAAAACAAAGAGCCAGGAUAUAAAGGCUGGGAAGCCUUUUGAGCUGAGCAUUGCAAGCAACAAGCCAGUGAGAGAGUAUCACUAUCUGGUAUUAUCUAAAGAACAAAUUAUGGCUUUUGGCACAAAAUCUACAAAAACAUUCACUUUAACAGCAGAAAAUUCCUGGGCUCCUUUGAUAUCUAUACUUGUAUUCUACGUAGAUGAGCUUGGAGUGGUUGUAAAUGAUGCCCUCACUGUCCCCAUCCAGCCUGCUUUGGAUGACAAGAUUAAAAUCUCUUGGAGCAAAGAUAAGGCCAAGCCAUCUGAGAAAGUCUCCCUUAAAAUCAGUACAACACAGCCAGGAUCAGUAAUUGGACUUUCAGUUAUUGAUAAAAGUGCAAAGCUUCUGGGAGAAAGUAGUGACAUAACAGAAGAAUCUGUCCUCCAUGAGCUCAAUUUAUACAGCACAGUGCAGUAUUUCCCCCUGGUCAGAGGUUCUUUUGGUGUAUUUCAGAAAUGCAGCCUUUGGGUAUCAACUGAUGCAGUUCUUGAGGAGGAUAAGGAACAUUUUCUUUAUGGUGGAAUGAUACCCAUAGAGGAUGGUUUUGGUGAUGAUAUGCCGGUAUCUAAAAACGGACCUCCUGAUUUCAGCAAUCUCUAUGUGAGGACACAUUUUCCAGAGACUUGGCUUUGGACUGACAUUAAAACAAGAUCUGACACAGAAACCACAGUGGAUGCCAUUGUUCCUGACACCAUCACAUCCUGGGUAGCCAGUGCUUUUGUGGUCUCUGAAAGCGGCGGGCUCGGAGUGACGACUGCUCCGGUGGAGCUAGAAGUUUUUCAGCCUUUUUUCAUUUUCCUGAACCUUCCAUACUCUGUCAUAAGAGGAGAGCAGUUCAUUUUGGAAGUGAACAUCUUUAAUUAUUUGAAAGAAGAAGCUGAGGUUACUGUGAUCCUGGAUAUCAAUGAUGCUUUUGAAAUUAUUCUAACAUCCAAUGAAAUAAAUGCUACAGCAAAUCAACAAUCUAUAUCUGUACCAAGUGAAGAUGGGAAAACUGUUCAAUUCCCAAUCAAGCCAAAACAGCUGGGAGAGAUUCCCAUCAAAGUGACAGCAAUAUCGUCUGCUGCUUCUGAUGCUGUUAUCCAGAAAAUUAUAGUCAAGGCUGAAGGACUGGAACAGACAUAUUCUCAGACAGUCCUUUUGGAUUUGACUGGGAAUAAACGACAAACAGUGUCAAAAACUUUGGAAUUCACUUUUCCUUCUGAUGUUGUAAGUGACAGUGGGAGAGUGCAGGUCACUGCUGUUGGUGAUUUACUGGGGCCUUCUAUCAACGGUUUGUCAUCAUUGAUUAAGAUGCCUUAUGGCUGUGGUGAACAGAAUAUGAUCAAUUUUGCUCCGAAUGUUUAUAUUUUGCAAUAUUUGACUAAAACCAGGCAGCUGAGAGAGGAUAUUAGAUCAAAAGCAGUAUCGUUUAUGAGAAAAGGCUACCAAAGAGAGCUGCUUUUCCAGAGGGAUGAUGGCUCUUUUAGUGCCUUUGGAAAUGAAGAUCCUUCUGGGAGCACAUGGUUAUCAGCUUUUGUAUUGAGAUGUUUCCUUCAAGCUCGUCCGUUCAUAGAUAUUGACGAAGAUGUACUCAUGGAUACAGCUAAAUGGAUUGUCCGUCACCAGAAACUGAAUGGAGAGUUCCAGGAGCCUGGGAAAGUGUUACACAGUGAUCUUCAAGGAGGCACCAACAAUCCAAUUACUCUCACAGCUUACAUCAUGUCAUCCCUCCUAGGGUUCCCAGAUAAACAGCAUGCUUACGCCAUCAAGACUGCUACAAACUUUCUAGAAGAUAAAUUAGAAGAAGGCAUUUCAGAUAAUUACACAUUGGCACUUGUGACCUAUGCAUUGUCCUGGGCAAAAAGUCCAAGAGCAAAGGAAGCACUGAAUAUGCUGAACCAGAGGGCAGAACGCCAAGGAGAAUUUCGUUUUUGGGUAACACCUGCUUCUGAAAUUUCUGACUCAUGGCAGCCACGGUCCAUUGAUAUUGAACUUGCAGCAUAUGCUCUGCUCUCUCACUUUCAUCAAGACAGAUUAGCUGAAGGGAUUCCUGUUAUGAAAUGGUUAAGUCAUCAAAGAAAUCACCUUGGGGGAUUUUCAUCUACUCAGGACACAGUGGUGGCUCUACAAGCCUUGAGUCUGUUUGCAGCUCUCACUGCAGCAAGCAAAACAGAAAUGGAUAUAACAGUCACGGCCCCUUCUUUGGAAAUGCCAGAAACAUUCUUAAUUAAUACUCGAAACCGUUUCCUGCUUCAGGCUAAGGAGAUUCCCCCUGCACAACAAAUGACAAUUACAGUGUCAGCGGAGGGAAUGGGAUUUGCUGUCUUUCAGCUGAAUGUUAUGUACAACAUAAAGCACGCCGAUCAGAGGCUCAGAUCUGUCCAAAACCAAGAAGCCUUUGACUUGAAUGUUGAUGUAAAAGAUGAUAAAGACGAUACAAACCACUUGACUUUGAAUGUGUGCACAAGGUACUUUGGUUCUGGCACGGCUCCCAGUAGUGGUAUGGUCCUUAUGGAGGUUGGCUUACUCAGUGGUUUCUCUGUGUCACCAGAUUUUGUUCCAUUAGACAAUACAGUCAAGAAGACGGAAAAAGAUAAUGGAAAAGUCAACCUAUACUUCGACUCUCUAAAUGAAACACAGGUUUGUGUGGAUAUUCCAGCUGUGAGAGACUUCAAGGUGGCAAAUAUCCAAGAUGCUUCAGUGACUGUACUGGAUUACUAUGAACCUAGAAGAAGAGCAGUGAGAAGCUAUAAUUCAGAAGUAAUGCAAAGUGUAACCUCUUGUGACUUCUGUGAAAGUGAUUGCAACCUUUGCCACCGAGAUGGUUCUGCAGCCUUGCUUCAGCACUCUUCAUUGGCCUCCUUGUUCUGUGUACUCUUUGUCCUUCAUGCAAACUUGCUGUGCAGUUGGGUGCUGUAAAAGGAAACAGAUUAUGUUUCACAUCUAAGGUUUCCGUAAAUUAUCCAAAGAAAAUUUUAUGUUCAGAUACCAGCCCGUCUUUAGUGAUUACCAUGACCAAACUCCUGCUGUGUUCAGGGAGAACUGGGCUGGCCCAUAUGGUAAAUGUCUGGCUGUGCCAGAAAACUUCUAUGAGUGUCUGCUGGAAAAGCUUUCCAAAUGUUAGUUUCAUACUGAAUUUAUUUUCUGAAGAAGCACAGAGUUACUGAGAAAGCAGUGUGAUAAAAAGUAAGCUUAGCUCCACAUUCCCACUUUAUUUUUACCCCAGCGUCCAACUGUGCUUGUAUUUUAGGGAUGUUAGUUUACCAUGCUUUUCCAAAACACUAUCUGCUUCUCCAUUAGGGUGUUGAUAAGCAGUGAUAGGAGCUUGGUAUCAGAACUCACUUUGUUCUGUUCUGAAGAUGUGAUGCUCCACAUUAAUACUGAAUUUCUCUAUGUGCUCUCAUGGGGAAUAAUAUGAAAAAAAAGAAGGAGCUGGCUUCAAAGCAGCUCCAAGAGCCAAAAAGUACUGCAUUUACAAACUGCUGAAUGCUCCAGAAAGUUGUCAGUCUUCUUUUUUAAUUUUGAAUCAUUACAGAGCAGGUAGGUGGAUUUUUUUUUGUCAAUUUAUAAGCUAAUAAUGCUUGAAAAUAACGCCUCAGGAUGUUCUCAUGCAUUUUGCUCUGAAAGGCUUGUUACUGUAAACGUGUCAAAGAUAAAGUCUGUUUAUCAGAUUUCAUUUUUCCAGGGUUAUUCAGAAACAAAUGCAAUUCUCUUUCCGUGUGAGAAUGCUGGUGUCAGCUGGCAUAUUUUUAUGGCCAGAUGAAGGAAGUUUGCUUUGAGCCUGUUCUUGUUUUCUUGACGUCUCCUAGAAAUGUCACUCUGGGGCAUCAUUUAUGUCUUGCGCUUUCAGCAUCACUUUGUCAACAGUUCAGGUGGCAUACCCCAAACAGUUGUUUACUGCUCUCAGUGCCAUGUGAGUUGGUGGCCCUGGAUGCCAUCUGUGCCCCUGUUGCUGGUGGUGGGAGAGGCUUUUAAGAGGCAUGGGCUGCAUAUGCACUCAGUCCUGCCAAACAGUUCACACGCUUACUUUACUUUAGCCACGUCCAUGUAUGAUCAAGUGCUCUGCUGAAGUCGAAUGGAGGAGAGGGAUGGUGAAAAGUAGCAGCCACUUUGACAUCCAAACCUGCUCUUUGCACAUGGGGAGAAUUACAGAUCUCUGUGAGUGUGGAAAGUGUGAGCUUGGGAGCUUGUUGCUCCUGAGUGAGUGUAUGAAUGCAUUCCAUGUCUGGCAGCCAGUCUGUCCUUCUUGUACCCUACCUGUAAUAUCUAAUGCUUAUUUCUUUUUGAUAAGACAGCCAAGCUGUUACAAUCAUAGUUACUGAAAUGAAGUUAAUAGCUGUCAUGCUAAGAGAGGUGGAAGUUUUAAUUUCUAUUGAUUCCCUUUCUUUCUUACCCUUUUUAGACGGAGUGUGGUUUUGUGCACAUGUAAUAAUAUGGCAGUCACUUUCCUCAAGCAAUUUCUAAUUUUCAUUACAUUUUUUCUACUGCUUAAAAUGUAUAUUUUUGUAUUUAUGCUAAUCUGUAAUGUUGUUGAGAAAGGAAAUUUUGCAUUUUAGCAUGGGAAGAGGCCUGAACUUCCUGGACUGGGGGUGCCUUCUAUUACCUAGGUAUAGGUUUUAACUGCAGAACUAGUUUAGAUGAGGUUAUUUGUUUUACUUCACCUGUUUUUGGAAUUUACAAUGUUUUUCACAUAUUUGGGGUUCUGUCCUGUUUCUUAGGCAGAGCUUAGUCCUGGUUCUUUGUGAUCAUUCAUGCUUUUCACUUGUCCUUGGUGUGUUUUGGAUUUAGCCUUUUGAGUAGUUAAUUAGUGCCGGAGCAGAGUGUGUGUGCUGCUCUGACCCACAUGAAGUAAUGUAUUUAUUGAUGCCAAACACACUGCUUAGUCAGUUGGAUGGAUGCAGGAUCUCACCCUCUGUAAGUCAUUCACUGGGUUACAUAGCUCCAAAGCUAAGAGGAAUGAAGAUACAGAAUUAAACACAUCUCUGCAUCUAAAAUCCUUUAUUCAUUUAUGGGAGUCUAAAUCCAGCUGUGCCAAGGGUAAGAUCUGGAAAAAAUUCUCAUCUGAACUGAGAUGCGUUUUGUUGUGGGUUUGAUUUUCUUGUGACCUAUGAAAGUUGGUCUUCUCUUGUCCUUGAGAACAGCAGACUUGACAUGUCAUUUGUCUCCCUUUAAUAUAACUUCAAAAUCCCAAAGCUCUUAUACUUCCAGAUUUUACUAUAUGCAGGGCUUCUGAUAGGGACAUUGGUACCUGAUUAAUGAUAGGAUAAAAGGACUUAUUUUCUAGACAAGAUGUACUGGAGAUAAAUUUCUCUUUUGCAGUACAUAGGAAUAAAUUAGUUCUGUUUUGCAUGCAGUCCAGUCUUCCUGAAAAUCCUCCAAGAAAAACAGAUUUAAACUGCUUAGUUGAGUUUUGGACAGUGCAGCUUUUACUAGUAUUCCCUUACAUUUGUUUUUGAGACAAACAACACAUGUUUUUAAAUUACUUUUGGCUGCCUUGCACACUGUAUUAAGAAUCAUCAGUUAUAAUGUACCAUGUCAGGGAAAUUGUUGGAGUCAGUGAAUAAACAUCCUCUUUUAUUCUACUUUAUUCUAUACAGAAGGCUUUUUAUUGCAGACAUCCAAAUCUGCAUCUGUCUCAAGCUAUUUUAAAGAAACCAUGUACACUGUAUGACUUUAAGCAAAUGUUUACACUAGGUGGCCUUUAACAUUCCUGCAUCAGUGCCUUCAGUCACUUUGCAGUAGUGCCUGGUGCUUUGAAUGAGUUACGGAGGAUAAAAUUUGUACUGUGGUGGCAGUGAGUGGAAUAUUAUUUGGCAUAGUGACUUUUUUUUUUAUUUUCCUCACCAUUGUGUGGGAAUCUUUACACCAAUGCUCAGCAUAUAUAUUAUCCCCAUUGCUCUAUAACACCCAUUUUGGAUGUUAGGGUAGGCCAUGCUCCCACUGAAGUUAAUAAUAGGAAAUCUUGUAGCAAAAAACCUUUUGGAACUCUUUAGCAAUAAGUUCUACAAGGAGUUUUAAGGAGUGAUGCUAAAAUUAGUCAUGAAAAUGUAUUUUGUGAGAGAGUCUUCAUGUAUUGUCUCAACAUUUCUGCUGUUCAUUGAAGUCUGAGUGUACGCUGGUAUUUCCCAUGCCCUUUUCAGCUACAGGCUGUCAAUGGACAUGGUCUGUCUAGGGCCCUUAAUAUGCUAUUGAAUCAAUAGGAGCCAUUUAUUUAGGAUUGAGUCUGAAACAAAACUAUAAUGUAUUUUAAAGGUGUUUCCUCCAAAUUCUGCCUCUGCUGUCAUCCAUGAUCUUAGCUGAGGGUUUCUCUACAGGAUUCAAUGUGGGUGUCAUUUAGAGAUAUUCUAUACUAAAUGCUGUAGUACAGAACAGGGAAUGAGUGCUGCUUAACAGGUUUAGAGCACCUCAGAAUCUGCAGGCUGGGCCGGUUUCGUUCCCAGCAUGGCACCACCAUAGAAUGGUUUAUGUUGGAAAAGACCUUUAAAAUCGUUGGGUCCAACCAUUAAGCCAGCUUUGCCAAGUCCACCAAGUAAAUCAUGUCUGCAAGUGCUACAUCUAUACUCUUUCUAAAUACCCCCAGGGAUGGUGACACCACUUCUUCCACUGGCAGCCUGUUCUGAUGCUUAACAGUGAAGAAAUUUUUCCUAAUAUCCAAUCUGGACCUCCCCUGGCACAACUUGUAUCAAACAGAAGCAGUGCAGGUAUUCCCAGCUAGCUUCCAUACCCCAUGCACCUGUUCACUUCACAAGCAGGAGUUUGUGGCUUGUGCACAUCAGUGGCAUAGGCUAAAAGGAGGAGGUGGCCAGACGGGUGCAGGAGAAGCAUGAGAAGCAGAUCCAGUGUUCACAGAAUUAUAGAAUGUGAAGGAGUUGGACUGGACUGUAAGCUUAUCUUGUUCCAACUCCUCUGCUGUGGGUAGGGACACCUCCCACUAGACCAGGUUUCUCAAAGCCUUACCCAGCCUGGCUUUGAACACUGCCAAGGCUGGGGCACCCACACCCACCCUGGGCAACUUGUUCCAAUGUCUCACUACCCUCACAGUAAAAAAAUCCCUAAUAUCUAACCUAGGUUUCACUUCUUUCAGUUGGAGCUCAUUGCUCCUUGUCCUGUUGCUGCAGUUCCUCAGAGUCCCUCUCUGGCUUCCCUGCAGGCCCCCUCCAGACACUAGAAGGUUGUUGUGAGAUCUCUACACAAUCUUCCCUUCUCCAGGUGAACAGUCCCAACUUUCCCAGCCUGUGUUCACAGGGGAAUCUACCCUGGUGAAGUGCUCCAGUCCUCUUAUCAGCUUCAUGGCCUUCCUCUGAACUCGCUCCAACACUUCCAUGUCCUUAUAUUUCAGGCCUCUCUUUUGCCUUGAAAGUCACUGUUGACAGUCAAACCUAAAAUACAAAAAUUGGCUUUAUUCAGUAAUCAAAAUAUUAUCCUAGCACUAUUUCUCUGAAUGUGUUGUUCUUGUUGGUAUGAAUACUGACAGCAUUUGAUUUUAGCCGAAUCCUGCAGAAAGCAGGUGCGUAUAACAUAGCUGUUCUAGGCUGCAGUGUUCUGCAGUGUGCAAUGUAUGUGCAAAAACACAAGAUCUUCACAGUGCCCAAACCAACAACACUGUGUAAUGUUCUGUUUUUAGGAAAGAAUAUAUUAGAAAGCAGCUAGUGCCUAAUGGCAUAAUUUUUCUGUCUGAAACGCUAAGAAAGAGGAUUCAAUUUUAAUACUAAUGACUAAUAUUAUUUUUGUUAUAACAUUUCUUCUUCUAUGUUCUUCUUCAGAAGUUCUUAUGCAGUGAACCAUGUCUAUAUGAUCUGAAGAUUUUGAAAUUAGAUCCUUAAUUUAUCUGUAAAAUAUAACAGCAGUUGUUUCCUUUUCCCCAUAUCAAAAUAUUUCACUUCCAUACUGUUUCUUACUAAUUUUACUGUAUUUCUGUGUGCCAAAUGGAAAUGCCAUUGCUCUAUUGCUGUUCUAUGCAAUGCAAUAAAGGGUGAUAGUGUGCUGUAUUAGAUUAGUCUAAUUUUUCCUAUACAUAGCUUGUUUUCAGAUAGGUAUGAGCAUUAAUGCCUUAUAUACUGCAUUUGAUUCACCAGUACUCCAGUUUAAGGUUUAUCUUUAAAUUCAAAUAAUUUGUUGUAUUUCUUAGUAGCUACCCAAAAACUUCAUGGGCAUUGCUUAUAUCUUAAAAUGUUAUAGUAUGAACUGGGUUUUUUUGAUGUGAUUUUUAGUUUUGUUAGGUUGAAUGGGAUACUAAAUACAAAGAAGAAAAUAAAAAUAUGCUGGAUCAGCAGAAGUAUAUAAGCAGGUAUAAUGUCCUACUGAUUGGCACAUCUCUUCUUUUUCCAUAUCAGACCUUAAACAAUUUGAACUAAAAUUCUUGACUACCUUGUGACAUAGUCAGAUACCCAAUUUGAUCUAAGUUAAUAUCAUCAAUCACAUUUCCACUUUUGAUCAAAUCAGAAAUCAUAGAAAAAGAAUGCUUUUAUGAGCUGUUUUGAGCAAACAGAGUUGAACUAACAUGCCAACUAUGCAAAUAGCUUCUGUCUUUUCAAGUAAUAAAGCAAAUGUUAAGGAACUAGACUGUUUCAAAGGAAUUUGGAAGAUUGUAAUUCGUUUAUUUUUCUUCAAAUAAAGUUUGCAAUAGCUAUUUUUAAAUGCUAUUAAAGAUGACUUUUAAUAACAUCUGUCUAAUGUUUGCUUGUUUAACAAUACAGCUACUUAUAGUAUAUCACAGUUUCUGUACACUGCUGACCACUACCUCAGCACUUUUUAGAG